AUUCGCAUGAUAGCGCUGAAACCUGAGCAUCCAGUCAGGUAGGGCAGGUAGCCGUGACGAGCUGUGAAUGAUUCAGGCAGCAGGUGUGUGUGGAGGCAGGGCCAAAAGACAGGAAGAGAGAGAGCGAGAGGGGAAACAAAGUUUAAAGGGAGAAAGAGAGAAAGUGUCAACUGCUGGACGGCUCAGACACCAAUGAAUGACUCUGUGAGCUGAAAAACAAAGAGGGAGCCAAGCUGGAGGAAGGGAAGGAGAGUCAGGUCAUGGAGGCCGAGGUGGAUGAGGAUGACGGGACGUUCACUAACAUCUCUCUGGCAGACGACACAGUGGACAGUGGAACUGCAGCCCUGUAUUCUAAACAGGAGAACGAGCUUUUCAUCAUGAACUGCGACAUAGAUGGCGAUAUGGAGAACCAGGUGGAGAUGGAGGAGAAGACGAGGUUAAUAAAUCAGGUUUUGGAACUUCAGCACACACUGGAAGACUUGUCUGCGCGGGUCGAUGCAGUCAAGGAAGAGAACCUGAAGCUGAAGUCUGAGAACCAGGUCCUCGGCCAGUACAUCGAGAACCUCAUGUCAGCAUCCAGCGUCUUCCAGACCACUGACACCAAGAGCAAACGGAAGUGAGAGAUGAGCUGAAGUCCCAGACAAGCUGGGAGAGGAAACCCACCAUGGAAACUUGGAGAGGGGUUGGUUUCUCAGCAGACCUGGGUGCUUUUUUGUAACCAUUUAGCGCACAUACCUGAGUCCAAACUAACAAUUUAUUAAUGAAUAAACAGUAACUGACCCUGUUCUGCAGGAGGCAAUUUCAUGUCAGUCUGACCCAGGUCUGUUUUGCAGCGGCUUCCUCUUCACACUACAGAUGAGGUAGACUUCACCCUUUAAUCACUGACACCAAAACCGAACUAGGAUCAGUUUGUGGUUAAGGGUCAUUUGUACCUUGAGUUUCUUUCCUAAUGCUCUCUGUCAAAGUAGUAUCUGUAAAAUAAUUCUUAGCUGUUUUGCCUGCUUGAAGACCACUCUGAUUUUCCGUGGUUUUACCCAUCUUUCUCACAGUGUUCCUGCCUCAAACUGACCUGUUAGUGGGUGAGAGCAUUACAAAUAUGAUUUGACCAUGAACGUCAUUUUCAACACUGCUUUAUUUCAUUAUUUAUUUUUUGUAAAGUAUUUUCUAUGUCAGCUGGAUCUGAGUUUUUGGCAGGUCUUGGAUGUCAUCAUGUAUAUGUAAAGCACGGCAGUACUCAGUUUAAAAGAUGGUAAACUGAACAGUAUUACUGAGAAUAAUAAUCGCAUGUAUGAAAAUACAUCUCUAGAAUGGGUUUCUUUUUCUUUGACAGUUUAAUAUGUCUUAUGAAACCAAUAAUCAGUGGAUUGCAGACUGUAUAAAGCUGUAACAACAGGAGGUGGAUAUUGGAUACAUUAAGGUAACAUUGAGAACUCGGCAAGUUAAAGUAAAAGCACAGCACUCCAUAGAAGUGUAGGUUUAAACUAACAUCAGUGAUGUUUUUAUUGCAAGUGGUUCAUUUUCCAUAAUGACAUAAUGCAUUCUUUCUGUAGUAUUUCCAACGCUUUCAAUUCAUCAUGUCAUUAAUGAGUGUUGUGGCCCAAAUUGUAAGGUGAGAUUUAACAAUGGAAAUGACAGGGUCGUAAAUGAAGCAGGGCUCCUUCAGAGACAAACCCUGCAUUAUUACAACAUGUGUCCUUAUCCUGCAGUGUCCUGCAACAGUGGCAGGGGACUGAAUGGGCCAAAUGACACGAGGAGGGGGUGAGGGAGGAAGAAAGAGAUGCUUUCCCCUUUAACUGUACGACCAGAUGCAGUAAAGAGGCCUUGAGUGCUAUUGAUUCACUCAGCCAGGCCUGCUAGAGGAGGGGUUUGACCGUAAAACAUGCUGAUGUCCUCAGCAGACUGGAGGGGGUGUCCUCCAACAGUGCAAGACAAAAGGAUUGAGGGUGGAAGAUGAAAAAGUCAAGUAAUCUGAACAAAUUUGUAUUCCCUUUAAGUAAAAGUUUAAAGUCUGGAAAGCAGUAAUUGAUGUCUGAAAAGGAGGGAUUGGUUAUAUUAGGGGAGGCUAUAAACACUGUAUAUGCUGUAAUUUAUUGAGGUUAUUUUGAUAUUUUUAACAGUUGUACAGUAGUAGGUCAUUUAAUUUUUUUCCUGGCAUGCUGAAUAUGCCCUACCUACACACACCCUGGUACCAACUGUCAGUGUGUGGACAUCCUGCACCUUCUGCCUUUUAACAUUUUUGUUUUAAUAAAAAUCAAAGAUAAAGA